AAUCUGAAGCUCCUACCAAACUUUGCAGCUCCAUCUCUCUGCCAACAGAAACUUUAAGUUUUCAGAGUGACUUUUCCUUGGCUGACAAGACCGCCUUGGUCAAGAGUGUUUCAACCACAGAUGCCAAACGUCUGGCAGUCCUUCCGAAGGUUUCAGAGUUGAAGAAAUACUUUGAAGGAUCUGUCAAACAGGAUUUCAGUAUGAACAGGAAGGAGAGGAUAGCUCGGCGGCUGGAGGGGAUUGAAAGCGAUGCUCCGCCUGCUCUGGUGCCCGGUGGUUUGGUAGCCAACAGAAUGCUGGAGGAGGAUCCUCCGCGAUACACCCGCGCCUCCGAUAACUGUGAGCCAUGUGUGAUGGUGAGGCGCUACAGUCGAGAGGAGCUGGAGUCCCCAAAGAAGCAGCCAGUACCUCAGGACAGAUCCCCGCAGGUCAAAGCUGGUGUUGGCAACGCCCGUCAAGAGCCAAUGUUGGUUUAUGUUGACCCAGUGACGUUAUCCACCACUUCUACUCCAACAUCUGGUUCCGCAGACCCCGCAAGCCUCAGUUCCAAGGCUGAGCGCAUCGCACGCUACAAGGCCGAGCGCCGCCGGCAGCUUUCAGAGCGUUAUGGCAUCCAACUGGAUCAGGAGUUGGAUAUUGAUUACAAACCACGCUAUCGUUCACGGCGUGAUCCAGACGCCUCUGACCGACAGACAGCUGUCUCACAAGAAAGAAUCAAACAGGAAGCAGAGGAAAAAGAACAGGACCCAAGGGUGCCGUACCGUGCUGGAGUGGGCAGGGUUUACAUGAGGACUCACCCAGAUCCUGCAUCUGUUUCUGCUUCCAGCCCCGCCCACUCAACCCAGGCCCCUCCCCCGACACAAGAACGGCCGAGGGGGUUUUCGGAGAAGGAAAGAGCGAUGAACAUGGAGAACUACCGGCGAGGCGGGGCUCAAGAGCGCUCGGCAAGAAGUAGAACCCAGGAGAACCAUCCUCUCCCGGCCCAACAGCAGCAACGACUCGCCCACCAUCAGGACGCCGCCCACCAGGAGCCAAGCCCCGCCUCCACCAGGGAUUACAGUAUCGCAGCAGUACCCAGCUCCCCUCGCACUGCCCGCCGGGCCUCCCUGCCCUCCACUCGCUACGGCAUCUCACCUGGGGAUUUAUUCAUAGAGCAGCAGGCCCAGAGCAUCCUCAACAGGCAGGGAAUCCGUGUAAGGGAACGAUUGUCAAGGGAUGAAACUGCCCAGAGGCCUCCUGACUGGAGUCCAGACAGGCACCAGGCUAACAGACAGCGUACGCAAGGAAACACUGCUCAGUAUGCACCACAGCGCUCAGAACCCAACCAGCAAAGGACUGUGGCCCAGCCUCAGCCAAGCCCAGGCCACCAUCCUGCCCAUGGCCAAACAGCCUCCGUUCCUUCUGCUCCUGAGUACAAACACUCCGGCCCUGCUGCUGACUCUCAGCCCUAUUUGGCCAUCCCCGCCCCAGUGGCUGCUGCUAGAUUGUCGGGACCUCCAGAGGUACAACCAAGAAGGAGAGUGAGUGCUGACCAAAUCCAUGCUGCCCACAAGGAGGCAAGAUUGGAGGCCAAGCAGGUCCUGAAAGAAGGGGUCCAUACAGAGGGCCUGCUUAAAAGCAGGAAAGCUGUGUUGCCCUCAGAGAUCCGCCGAAGGGAGAAGAGUGUGGAUGAUCCCCACAGGGGCUAUCUUGAAGACAUGGACUGGCAGAACUACAGCCAGGAAAGGAGGAGAAUGAGCCAAGGAGAGGAAGACUGGGAUCGGGAGAGGCCGAGGGAGCGAGGGAGGGAGAGAAAUGUUGAGAGGAUCAGAAACAGAGACAGCCAUGACACCCAAGAGGAGAGGGUAGUUAGAUCUUUGCAGCCUUCCCACUCCUCCUUGCACCAGCAGCGAAGGCAGCAUCAGCAGUCAGAGCCUGUGUACCAUCAAGAGCCCCACACACACCCACAGUAUGAACCCAGGCAGAGACAACAUGAACCUCAAAUUCAACAGCAAGAUACUCAGAGGCAGAACCAGUUCCAACACUCGAGACAGCCUCAAGAGGCUCAAAGACCACAGCAGUCUCAAAGACAGCAGGAGUACGACCUCCAAAGACAGGAGCCUCCGAGUCAGCAGCAAUACUCCCACAGAAAACCACAAGAACCCCAGCUGGUUGAAGAUUUAAUGCCUCAGAGGCAGCAGCAGCAGCAGCAGCAGGAUUCAUCAGGGCACCACAGGGUCGACUCUGCCGUCUACCUCCAGAAGGGUUCUUCUUUGCCUCAGGCCAAACAAAGAAGCGUGGAGAUGGCCGGAGGUCUCAAACCCAAGAUACGUACCCGCUCCAUGUCCGAUAUAGGUCUAAGCCAGCAUUCUGCCAUGUACCGCAUGGAGAGGGCAGCGGCCAGCAGAGAGACAUCAAGGGCAGUGCCUCCAUCAGGGGUGGCUAACGGAGAAACGGGAAACCUGGACACCAGAGUGUCUGUAGCACAGCUGCGACACUCUUAUCUGGAGAAUGCAAACCGGAAACCUGACUUUGAGACUACUAAGGUAGAUCUCUCAGCCGUGGAGGUGGAUCCGGCCAACGGCGGCGAUCGAGACAAGAAUGCUCGGAGGCCUCGACGCUACAUCACUCCAGGAGACAAUCGCACGUCGGAGAGGUUCAGGACCCAGCCCAUCACCUCUGCAGAGCGUCUGGAGUCAGAUAGGUCUCGUUUAAGCCCAACACAGCUGCAGGAUGUUGAAGAUGAAGAAAAACUGGAUGACAGAGCCAAGAUGAGUGUGGCUGCAAAGAGGUCUCUCUUCAGGCUGGAAUCGGGUCCAGAGAUACAGCAGACACGUGUGUGUGUAAUUUCACAAGAUAUAUACCUGCAGGAGCUGGAAAGGACAUCAGAUGGAAGUGUUCCCAAACCGCGCUCUAGAAACGCAGCAGUAGAACGGCGUCUGAGAAGAGUUCAGGAUCGCUCACACACUCAACCUGUCACCAACAGGGAGGUGGUCAAUGCUUCAAGUGAUCCUGCUGCAUCAUCACAACCACUGGGCAUCAACACUAAUGCAACCCGAGUCCCAAGCCCCACUGGUUUCAUCACCAGUGUGACCAGUAUAAGCAUUCAGGCCUCAUCCCAGCCAGACCCAGUGGUCCAGGAUCAGGAGAAGGAGAUCCAGGAGCAGCAGAAACCAGCUCAAGUUUCCGGCGCUGGUGUUGAAGUAGACGACCUGGAGCAUUUUACCGACGAGCAUGACCUCUCGUGCCUCACCCUGACUGAGAAGAUGGCCCUCUUCAACCGCCUCUCUCAGACUACAGGCAAGGCGGCUGAGGGGGCUCGAGGAGAAACCCGCCAGCGAAGAGCACAAAACCGGUUUCAGACUCAGCCCAUUACCCUGGGAGAGGUGGAGCAGCUGAAAAACGGUGACGAGAUCAAACUGGAGCCGUUGUCAGCCUCCCUGGUCCGCUCUGUAGCAGCCGUCACCUCCAAAGCCUCCGUCACUACAGUUCCCAUCACGCCAGGCAGCGGUGGUGUUGCCGAUGAUGACAGUCUCCAUCCAGGGAAGUCCUCCGCCACCGCCGCCCCCUACAUCCCUGUUCAAAAACAGGCGUCAAGUACCACAAACCACCAGGAGAGGGCGUUAAGGUACUUCUCCAUGAACCAGAGUGGGGACCAUGCCCAACCAGAGGCUGAGCUCAACUCCACCCCCGUCCUCCCUGAGAGCCAAGAGCGAGUGGGGGCUCCUCUUGCUCCCACCUCCUCUCCUAGUCACAGGCAGCAGGGGGAGACAGCGGAGGUGGGCUGGAGAGAGCAUCAGGAAGAGGAGGUUUGGGGGAGACAGCAGGGAGGAGCCAGAGAAGAGAGCCAAGACGGUACUAUUAAGGAAAAGCUCCACUCCCCUGACAGGGAAGGCAGGCAGCAGCAGCAUCCCCAUCCUCAGCCUCAGCACAGGAGGGGCGAGUCAGAGCCUCUGCCCAGCUGGAGAGCCGCAGACGGAGACUCCCAGGAGAAUAGGGACAGAGCUGAGAGCGGAGGAAGAGAAAGAGGAGGAAGAAGAGGAGACUACCUGAGAGAGACAGCUCACAUCGCCUCCACACAGGAGCCGGAAAGAAACAGCAUCAGGAGCCAGGCUGGCAUUUCAGACUUGCCGGAUCAUCCCGCUCCACUGAGACCACUGGUAGCGAAAGUUUCAUCCAGAACAGUUUCUCACAUCUCAAGCAGUCAGCAGCAAACACACAUCCAACCUCCUCCAACUCUUCCUAAACCCUUCACACAGCAGCCGCCUCCAACCCCACCCAAACCUUCACUAGACCUCCAACCCCAUCCGCACCACCAGCCCCCACCGACGUACCCCAAACCUUUCACCCCCUCCCCUCAAACGCAGCCCAAACCUCAGGGAUUCGUCCAGCCUCUCCCUAAGCCUUUCUCGCACACUGCCCCUCCGACUCCGCCCAAACCCCAGGUUCCUCCACAGACACCGCCUAAACCUCAGUCCUUCCCCCAGUCACUGGUCAAGUCCCAGUCCAUGCCUCUUGACCACAUCGAGGACUUCAGCAGGCACAGUGUCCAUUCUGGAGAUCUGCUGUCCCCCACAGAUUCUGGAGACCAACUGUCUGACAGCAUGUCCAGCAAACAGAUGUCUAUCAAGGAGAGAGUGGCUCUGCUGAAGAAGAGCGGCGAGGAGGACUGGAGGAACAGGAUCAACAAGAAACAGGAGGUGGUGAAGGUGGCGUCCACAGAGGAGCCGGCUCAGCCCAAGGAGAACGAGGAGACAUGUCAGAAAAACGAGGAAGGGGUGGUCGCUCCAGACUGCUCCGCUGUGUCUGUGUCUGAACAGCUGUGGGAGCCUGUCUUCUCUUCCACCUAUUCUCCUCCUAUCCCCCUCGGCCAAAAGUGUCAAUACAUUGAGCAUCAUAGUCAGAAAGUGGGAGAGGACAUCGAGGCCCAGAUGACCAUAGAGGAAAGAAAACAGAUGAUAUCGGUUCGUGAGGACGCCUGGAAGACAAAGGGCCAUGGAGCAGCCAAUGACUCCACUCAGUACACCGUGGCAGGACGCAUGGUCAAGAAAGGCCUGGCAGCCUCUUCAGUUAUCAGUCCCAUCCUGUCACCGGUCUCCACCAAACUCAAGAGCAUCACGCCGGCUGUCAACAAGCCACAAGAGGAAAUUGAGGCCAAACCCAACAUGGAAUCAGACAAGAAGCUGGACAAGUUGGAGAGCUUUUUGGGACGUCUGAAUAGCAAAGUUGCUGGUCUGCAGGAAACCACCCUCACAGUGACAGAGAAGGCCGUGAAGGAAGUGAUGAAGCUCGAUGACGAGAUCUUCUCCAAGUUUUACCGACACGUUGCCGAGUUCCCUCGCAUGCCCACCAGGAUCGAGAUCAGCGAGGAUUUCGACUCCAUCUUCGGCUCUCAGUGUCCAAAGUUGACCUCGGCUAUGGUGCAGCAUAAGCGGAUGGUGCGUCCCUCCAGGAACGUUCAGUCGUCCAGAAACCCUCUGAGGAUGCUGGCGGCCAGAGAGGACAUCAGACACGAGUACACCGAGCAGAGACUGAACGUGGCCCAGCUGGAGAGCAAGAGGAUGAAGGCUGAGAAGACAAAUAAAUCUUCUGAGUACUCCGAGGCGGCUCUGGCGGGUUUGGCCAGUAAAGAAAACUUCAGCAGCGUGAGUCUGCGCAGCGUCAACAUCUCGGAGCAGAUGUCCAACAACAGCGCCGUGCCGUACAAGAACGUCAUGCUGAUGCAGAUCAAAGGUCGUCGUCACGUUCAGACCAGAUUAGUCGAACCAAGAGCGUCCUCCCUGAACAGUGGAGACUGUUACGUGCUGGUCACUUCUGAGCACUGCAUCGUCUGGAUAGGAGAGUUCUCAAACGUCAUCGAGAAGGCUAAGGCGAUCGAUUUGGCCACCUUCAUCCAGACCAAGAAGGACAUGGGCUGCAGGGCGACACAGCUGACGACCAUCGAGGAGGGGGUGAACCCACAGGGUCCAGACACCCAGCAGUUCUGGACGACACUAGGGGGGCAGACUGCUUAUCAACCGACCGGCCCCCCAGAGGAGGAUGAGCAGUUUGAAAAUGCAAUAGUGGAAACCAACUGUAUCUUCAGGCUGCUGGAUGACAAACUGGUCCCCGAUGAUGACGAGUGGGGGAAGGUCCCUCGCAGCUCUCUGCUGGCGUCCAAAGAGGUGCUGGUGUUUGACUUUGGCAGUGAGGUGUACGUGUGGCACGGUAAGGAGGUGACUCUGGCCCAGAGGAAAGUCGCCUUCCAGCUCGCCAAACAUCUUUGGAACGGGAUGUUUGACUACACCUGCUGUGACGUCAACCCGCUGGACCCUGGAGGCUGCAACGCGCUCAUACCCAGGAAGGGCCAGGGCCGUCCCGAUUGGGCGAUAUUCGGCCGGCUGACAGAGCACAAUGAGACCAUUUUAUUUAAAGAGAAGUUCAUGGACUGGACCGAAGCGAAGCUGCCAUCACCAAAGGAAGUGUGCGAGAUCAUACCUGAGCAGAAGGAGGCCCCUGGGAGAGACUGUCGGCCCUACGACGCCACCCUGAUGCUGCCUGUCCUCCAGUCGUCCAUCUCCACCAUCUUGGACGGUGUAAACGUCGGGCGUGGUUACGGCCCGGUAGAGACGGAGGAUCACAUGAGGCUUCAGGAGCUCAGCACAGCGUCAGUGGACGUGUGGCACAUCCUGGAGUUUGACUACAGCCGUCUGCCACGCCAGAGCAUCGGGCAGUUCCACGAGGGAGACGCCUACGUGGUCAAGUGGAAGUACAUGGUCAGCACCUCAGUCGGUCGCAGGCAUAACCCCGAGGCGAGGAGCACGGGGCCGGGGAAAGAGAAAUGCUGCUACUUCUUCUGGCAGGGUCGACACUCCACCGUCAGCGAGAAAGGAACGUCAGCGCUGAUGACGGUGGAGCUGGACGAGGAGAGAGGAGCACAGGUUCAGGUGCAGCAGGGGAAAGAGCCUCCGUGUUUCCUGCAGUGCUUCAACGGAGGGAUGAUCAUCCACGCUGGCAAGAGGGAGGAGGAGGAGGAGAACACUCAGAGUGAGUGGCGUCUGUACUGUGUGCGAGGCGAGGUGCCGGUGGAGGGCCAUCUGCUGGAGGUGGCGUGUCACUGCAGCAGCCUGCGCUCCAGAGCCUCCAUGAUCCUGCUCAACAUCAACAAGGCCAUGAUCUACCUGUGGCACGGCUGCAAAACGCAGCUGCACACUCGCAGCGUGGGGAACACAGCCGCACUGAAGAUCAAAGAACAGUGUCCCCUGGAGGCGGGUCUGCACAGCAGCUGUAAGGUGACCAUCCAUGAGUGUGACGAGGGAGUGGAGCCGCCGGGCUUCUGGGAGGCUCUGGGGAGAAAAGACAGGAAAGCCUACGACUGCAUGCUGCAAGAUCCGGGUAAAUUUAACUUCACCCCACGGCUUUUCCAGCUGAGCAGCACAUCGGGGGAUUUUGUGGCAAAUGAGUUUUUCCACCCGUCCAGAGCUGCAGACGUGGUCAGCUCGCUGCCUUUCCUGCAGGAAGACCUCUACAACGCAGCACAACCCGCGUUGUUCCUGGUGGAUAACUUCCACGAGGUGUACCUGUGGCAGGGCUGGUGGCCUCAGGACAGCGAGAGCACCGGCUCGGCUCGUAUCCGCUGGGACGCGGACCGGAGGUGUGCGAUGGAGACCGUGCUGCAGUACUGCAAAGGUGAGGACGAUGAGAAGAACGAGAAGAAGCCACAGAAGUCAUAUCUGAUCCACGCCGGUCUGGAGCCGCUCACCUUCACCAACAUGUUCCCGAGCUGGGAGCACAGAGAGGACGUGGCUGAGAUCACAGAGAGGGAGGCGGAGGUGUGUAACCAGAUCAUCCUGGUGGAGGACGUGUUGGCCCGGCUCUGUCAGAACACCUUUCCUCUGGAUCAGCUGCGAGCCCGGCCGCUCCCAGACGGAGUGGACCCGCUGCGUCUGGAGAUCUACCUGUCGGACCAGGACUUUGAGAAAGCUUUGGACAUGAAGAGAGAGGAAUACGAAGGUUUACCAGGGUGGAAGCAAGUGAACUUAAAGAAGGCCAAAGGACUGUUUUAAAGCAAGUUUUCAAUUCAAGAUGGCGCGUGAAGGGAAUAAAUAAGUGGACGAUUGAGAUGGAGAAACGGGAAAUGUAACCUAAACCUGCUUCGGUGGAUAUUCUGAAUGACGAUGGAUGAGACCGGAGAUGAGCUCCCUCGCCUUGCUUAUAGUCAUGUUUUACCUUUAAUCUGUGUCAGUACAUUACGAUAUUAAACUUCAAACGGUGUUAAAAGAAGGUCAGAGCACCUUUUGUACAAGGUGGUGGUGCGUAUGUGGAGUCUCCUCCAAACACUGAAAUCAUGGACUUGCUUACAGAAAUGUGCACACUAGGACGCUUUGAGUCGGAGUGCCAUGCUAUGGGUGUGUAUGUGUGUGUGCGCGGUUGUAUAUAAAGUUUGUAUGUGUGUGUGUAUGUGUGUGUGUAAUGUUUAUUUGUGUAAAUGUGUGUGUGUAGGUGCGUUUGUAACUUUGUAUCUAUGUAAAAAAAAAAACACAUCAUGUCAGAUGUUGUGAGGAAAGUUGUUUUCUUGAGUCUCGAUGGCGUCAGCCGAGUCGUUGUUGCUCGACCUCGUUAAACUGCUGAGGCGGCCUCGACUCCCCGAGAUGUAAGAGUUGUAAUUUUAAAGGUUUUUUGCUUUUAUCAGACACAGAGAGAGAGAGAGAGACUGCGGCUUUGAUGAAUCUGAGUGUAUAGUGCCUUGCUUUUUGUGUACAGUUUAUAUACAGAAAAUUCUAGUCUGCAUUUUUAAAGACUUUCUUUGUGAUAUAAGACAUAGUGAAUUAAAUCACAAUAACGCGCAACUUAAA